AUGUGGUCAGUCAGCGCGUUAUUAUGUCUGUUAGUUGCUGGCUGUGUGAAUUCAGAGAACAGCACGCUCAUAGAUGAAGAUGUAUGCGAGGUUGAAGGACCCUUUAGCCUGCUGCUGGAGGAGUGGGCCACUUCGGAGCCGGCAACCCAGAGACAAGGUCGUGUGAUGGCUCUGCCGCCGACAAAAGGCUACUACGUCACAGAAAGAAUUGACGGACCCCUAAUGCCCCCUCCACUACCACCUGGCCCACAAACACACCACAAUUCUGGAAGACCAAUACCGCUUCAACCCAAUUCUCCGUACAACAGUGCACCCCCACAGGGGUACAAAGGACCCUAUGGUUACAAAGAGUGGGACACCUCUCCGCCGGCCAAUGGAAAAAUUGUCAACAAGCCUCCUUAUAAAGACAAAUUUAGACCGAGCUAUGCACCACCGUCUCCUCCAAGACCACAACAGCCCAACUCCAUCGACCGAGUAGACGACCCACCCCGCAAGCAGGUCACAGAAACAGAUUUGUUCUUACUAAGCGCCAUCGAAAAACUCGUGUACCGUGCCGACCUAAUGGAGAAACGCUUGAGGAAACUUGAAGAAACUUUGCACUAUAUUGUCGCUGGAAAUGACCCUAAACCAGAACCCUGCGCCGGUAACUACAGUCGUGUAGGCGGUGUCUGUUACGAGUGGUCAACUGAGCCUGCGGACUGGAAAGGCGCCAGCAUCGCCUGUCGGAAGCAAAAAGCUGCCUUGCUUGAACUGCAACAAGACGCUGAUAAAAGGCAGCUACUCUCCAAACUACUUAGCGAUAAGCAAUUCAAAGGCAAAGACUUCUGGACGGGUGGACUAAACCCUGGCUUACUUUGGAUCUGGUCACACUCAGCUAAGCCAGUCGAGGCUUCCAACUCUAGCAGUAUCGUUGGCGAGGGCCGCUGUCUGGCGCUCGUGUAUGACCCGGCGAUUAACAACUACGUAUAUCGUGGACAGGACUGCGCGCUGAAACAUCGUUACAUAUGCCAAAAGGAAGAAGAUAAAACCAAGCUAAGCAAUGAGGUACAACGAGUCGCGAGGGAACUUCACGUAGAUAGAACAAGAAAGUCCAAACUGCUUUGGGAUGAAUCGAUGUAA